UCCCUAUGAUCAAAGAGAAUCUGGGCUUUCUCAUUGAAGAAAGAGAGGACAUGGACCAGUCCUUGCUCAAGCAAGCCAGUGAAGAAUUUGACAGAAUUAGAGAGUCCCUUGAUGAAGAAAUCAAAGCAAGAGAAGAGGGAGAGGAAGAAAUAGUUAACUAUAUCCGUGAUGUUACUCAAAAUUGUCAGGAAAGAAUUUUACAAGAAAAGAGAGAAAGAGAAAAGAUGGAAGAAUCUCUGUUAACUCUUCUUGAAGAGACAUGCAAAAGGUUAAUUUCAUCCUCUAUCAAAUAA